AGACCGUUUCCCAAGAGUCGGCCAUCGGACACUGAGUCUGUGCGACGUGCAUUCUCUGCAGUAGCAACACUGCACGCUUCGACGUGCGCCCAGGAGUCCACGUCGUCGCGGCGUCCCUCCAGCGAAGGGCAGCGUGGGUGUUUUGUGUGCGCGUUCUGUGGUGGCCCCCUCUGACCAACAACAGUGCGUAGCGGCCCGAAGCCGUAUAAGCGACCGCGCCAAGCGGACUACCCAUCGGCACCGUCCCUAGACUGUGCCGCCGGCGUGUUACCACUGCCCUCCUGGUUGUCUUGAGCGUGAGAGGAAAAGGAUCCCGUGUUGUCAGCGACGAAGAGACAAGCCGUCCACGAUGAUACUUAGGUACAUGGUAAUGACAGCGACCACGCUGCUGUGUAUCGGCGGCACGCUGGUGUUCGAGGACUCGCGGCCGACGCCGUACAGCCCCGAGUACGGCCCGGACUGCGCGCUCAUCGUAACGACGACCAAGCCACAUGCGGCCAUCAUACAGAAGCCAUCUCUAGCAUCUGCCGCAGGCCUACAGUACCUUUCCAAUUUCGUGCCUCAGCUGAAAGCGGUGACGCUGACCGAGGGCCAGCAGUGCAUCACGUACGACGACGUGAACCAGGCGCUGCUCGAAGCCAAGGCCAAGUUCGGCGAGAGCGUGCCGAACGAGAUCUACGAGCUCUCCUCGGACACGCCCACGCCCGAACACGUGACUGUGCCCUCGGAGAUCAUCCUCGACGCCUCCAGGAUACUCGCCCAGAAGUUCUCGCUGUCGUACCACGCCAUCGUGUACGGCCUGCCUCAGAUCGACACCUCCAAGACUAUGGUGAAGGACAUCUGCCCGACCUUCCUGAAGCCGGUCAAGUGCGAGCUCAGUCGCUACCGCACGCUCACCGGAAUGUGCAACAACCUCGAGAACCCGUCCUGGGGAUCCGUACGAUCGGCCAUGGUGCGCUACCUGCCGCCUGCAUACGCUGACGGCAUCAGCGAGCCCCGUGCGGCCAAGGACGGUGGCCCACUGCCCAACGCGCGUAUGGUGAGCUUUCUGGUGCACCACGACGUGAGCGAACACGACCGCCGGGUGCGGAACUUGCUCGUCUCCAUGGGACAGAUGUUGGACCACGACCUUACGCUCGCCGCACCCACACUCAACGAGGAACGCCAGGACAUCGAUUGCUGCAAGUACGCGCCCGAGGAGAGGCAUCCGAACUGCUUGAUCAUCGACGUGCCACGUGACGAUCCCUUCUACAAGUUCUUCAACCGUAAAUGUCUCGAGUUCGCCAGGGUCCUCGCCGGUCUCAGGCCAUCCUGCACUCUCGGUCCACGGUCCCAGAUGAACAUCAUUUCGGCAUACAUCGAUGCUGGAUUCGUGUACGGAAGCACCCAGGAAGUCGCCAGCCGAUUGCGCGAGUUCUCCGGAGGACGCAUGAAGACCACUCCUCUAUACCGGGACUUGGGCCUCAAGGACCUGCUGCCCAUGAAGACGGUCGAGGCGGACGUUGGCUGCAUGGCGAGGCCCAGGAACCUAUACUGCUUCGACGCAGGUGACGAGCGUGUGAACGAGCAGUUGUCACUGACGGUGAUGCACACGCUGUGGCUUCGAGAGCACAACAAGAUCGCCAAGGGUCUGCAGACAGUGAACCCACACUGGGACGACGAGACACUCUUCCAAGAGACGCGGCACAUCCUCAUCGCCGAGGUGCAGCACCUCACGCUGACCGAGUGGCUGCCUGCCGUGCUGGGACCCGACGCGGUCAAGAAGUACGGACUUACGCCCGCGACGCACGGUUACUAUGAUGGUUACAGUCCGAAGGUGAACGCUGGAAUCAGGCAAGCGUUCCAGGCCGCUGCCUUCCGUUUCGGUCACAGUUUGCUGCCCGACAUCACAGAGAGGUACAACAAAUUCCACGAGAAGCUUGAGUCCAUCCGUCUGUCGAAGCUGCUCCGUCAGCCUUACGAUCUGUACAAACCCGGCGUCGUCGACUCCUUCGCUCUUGGUCUUGUAGACCAGCAGUCCAACAGAAUGGACCCCGAGAUCACCACCGAGGUGACCAACCACUUGUUCGAGGUGCCCGGUGACGGCUUCGGUAUGGACUUGGUCUCUCUGAACGUUCAGCGAGGUCGUGAGACUGGCAUUCCCGGCUACAACGACUUCAGAGAGUACUGCGGCCUGCCCAGGGCAAGGGACUUCUCGGACCUUAUCGGAUACUUGCCCAACAAGACCAUCCACCGAUACGCGCAGAUCUACAAGCACGUGGACGACAUCGACCUUUGGAGUGCGGGCGUCUCCGAGUACGGACUGCCGGGAGCCGUGAAUGGACCCGUGUUCGCCUGCCUUAUCGGCGAGCAGUUCGCCAACAUCAGGCGCGGUGACCGCUUCUGGUACGAGAACCCAGGAUGGCCAUCGUCCUUCACGUUAGAGCAACUGUCGGAGAUCCGGAAAAUGCGGCUGGCCCGGUUCAUUUGCGACAACGCCGACGACAUGUUCGACGUUCAGUAUAGCGCGCUUCUCAAGGUGGAUCCCGUGACGAACCCGAGGUUCAGCUGCAACCAGCACGACGUCCUGCCCAAGAUGGACUUCAGCAAGUGGAAAGACACGUCGUACCUAAAGAAAUAACCACUGACACUAACACAAUACCACAUUUUUUUUUCUACCGAAAGCAAACUGCGCGAGAAAAACGAACAGCGGGAUAAUGUCUUGUCGCAUCCUCUGCCCCCCCGCGCAAAUGCGCAAACCGAACGAGAAGGCACACUGCCGGAGACGACGACUUGCUUGUAGCGGUCGUCAGCCAAUCUUAAGACUCGUCGCUUCCGCUGUGAUGCUCUGCGAUGUCACGCGUUAUCAUGCACCAUGCCGUAGAGUCGGUAUGAGCAGCCAUUACAUGUUCAGUGUCUAUCAUGUGCGCUGCACACACACCCACUUCGCAGAAGCAUCGGCAGUGUUCUUGGCGCGGCAGUGACGACGUCAAUCUUUUGUUUUCUUAGGACGUCGCCGAGUAAAGGCACGCGCUGCAAUUCAUGAAGGCAGAGGAUGCGACAUCUGGCGGCGUAGCUCUCUGUGGUGUUUAAGGAUGUUUGGAUUCAGAGCGUCAAGCAUUCCUUUAGGAUGUACAGAGGUAACGACAGAGUGCAUUUUGUAAUAUGACUCGGACUCAUGCUGCGCUGCACGAGAAUAACUAUAGAAACACGAUGCCAGACAUUACAUUUGUAGCGCAGGUUUGCAGGGAGUCAUGAAGCUGUAUUAGCGGAAGCGGUAUACUUAAUGUAUCAUCUUUAAAAUACGCGCAGCUUGUAUCUUUUAAUAACGUUUUCUUUAGUGCCAUAGCGUUUUUAAAACAGAGUGGAGCAUUUUCAGAAAUGCGAACACGCCACGAUGGACAUGCUGGUUUCGCUCUAUGAGUAAUGCGUUAUUGGCGUAUUGGUAUUUCUGACUGCUUCAAAAACUUUAGUAUAACGUAAAGUGUUUUUUUUUUUAUCGCGCAUUUCACGUUCUUAGAACUUCAGACAGGUGGCAAGUGUAUGCGAAACUAGACUCGCAAAAAAAUUAUUAGAAUUUUCAUGAGGGGCUAGCUUAAUUCGAACUUUUGCACAUUCAAGAUUAGCAUACGAAUCAACGGAGCAGCCAUUCCGUCUACACACGACAAAAAAAAAACAUCGCACAGCUGACUGUCAAACGUCCGGUUCAUAAACGUUGCAAGCUCCACGACGCACAUUAUCGUUCGCAUGCGCUCUACUUUUCAAGAACCGAGGUGGUCAUUCAGGUGUAACGGCGUUUCAUUUACCAGAAAGACUGGUCUAAACAGGACAGAAUGAUAAGCAGCCCUGUUGUAUUAACGGCGUAGCCACAGCGAACAGUCCGAAACUAUAGCCAAGCUACAGCUCGGACAAAGCGCGAUGAGUGAGCGCUGCGCUUACGAGUUAAGACACGCGGUAACCACAGCCUUGACAUCACUGUCUAUUCUCUUCGAACUGCAUUGUUCGCGUGCCUUCGCCGCCCGUGUACGGCGGACCGCCACACAGAUGCCCACUUGCGGCUUCUCUUUUGUACAUACGGUUCCCGACUACGCACUUUCGGCGUCUACGAUCCACAGGGCAGCUCAUACGUCACGGAUAACUCGGUCGACGCGCGCUCGCGUCCACUCUACCCCCGCCUUGCGGCUGUGUUACCGCCUCACUCUUCAGCUAAAUGGCACCGUAGUGCAGCUACAUUCAAGGAAUCUCCCUCAAGCCUUACUACUACACAUGCGUUAACCGCACCAGUGGCGACCUGUGCAUACGCACGCAGUCCAGCUGUCAGAGCUUCACAUGCUAGUAGGGGAGUUGGGAGUCUGGUACUGUCACCCGCACCGGUGUCUUGCACAGGCGUAGUGCCAUUUCGCAUGCACAGACAAGUCCUAGCCGACCGCACGAUAAACGCGCUUAUAUAUGGUACAGUUGAUACAUAUAUCAUUACAGGCGAAGUCCGCCAUCUUGUGUCCUCAGAGCCAAUCAGAAAAGGAAGAACUCGCUGGCGGCAAAUCGCCCAGAGCAAGGCCCCCCAAGCUGAAAUGAAAUGAAAAACACAUAAAACUCCAGAGUAGAUGACACGACGCCGACUCACGGUUAUCUAGAAAACGAGGGUAAUAGCAGCCCGUCACGCAAUGUGUAGUUGCUGCCAUUGUACAACAGCUUCGCAGGGCUGCGUCCAAUAGCAUCGACACCAUGGCGGAACUCUAACAGGGCAGGAGAUACGGUCUGCUGUCACACUUUGAUGAAGUCUCACGUUUUUCAAGGGUCUCCUAGAGUAGAUUCCUUCCUUUGUCCCAUCGCUUUUAUUCUGUUCUUGCCUUAUUUACGAUACGGCGACUAGUACAACGGAUGAGCAUCUUUGGAUAACGAUUCCACUGUCAUAAGCACCUGCAAAUCCUCGACAAGAGAGCUACGAGCGAUGCUGCUUUAACUUAGGAAUGGCUUAGCCGGUGACAGCGUCUCGAUUGAUGCUCUCAGGCUUGCACAGUAUUGAGGGAAUAUGGCGAAACAGAAAUCGUUAAAAGGAAAGGCUCACCUGUGCCAUACCACCAAGGUGCAUCGUAGCAAAUCCCCGCGCGUGCGAGUCAAAAUUUCGUGAGUCAAGAGGAGGGCAAAGACAGCCAGCCUCAUUAGAGGUAACACUUAAGUUUUGUCUCACUGAAUGCCAUAGCGGUUUUAGUAAGCUUCAAAAGGCAUGAGCUAGCACAACAUAAGUUAUAUGCAACGUACUGCAUCAUGGUACGAUGCUUGCAAUUUGACCUACGGAAGAGAGAGAGAGAAGGCAAUACGGACAAAGGUUGGACAGCUACACUCCAUGACUCCCUUGACACCAUCUAUCGUGCCCUCAGCAACCACUUCAACGAAAAUGCGCUAACAUUCACUGCAUUUUGAGCUAGAGACAGGAAUAGCGCAGAAAGAGUGCUGAAAGCAAGGAGAGAACCAGCCUGCUGCUAGAGAAAAACUUUGUGUGUUGAGAUAGCCACUGAUGCGACGUGGGAGCAGCAGCUGCAUGUAAAGAACUUGGCGACAUAAUGUCCUCAUCGGCGAGGACGUCCGACAGUGCGGAGACCAAUCAAAUGCCAAUAACUUCGUUUCUUUCCUUUCACUCCAGAAUUUUUUUUAAACGUUACACAUGUAGAACGCCAGCGUACAAGUUUCUUGUUUUUUUUUUCUUCUUCGGCACCACCUGCCUUUGUAAAUACUUCCCAGUCUCCUCCCUCCCUCGUCUAUGAUAUUUAUAUGUGACACCCCUUAGGAGGUCAACGGGCUUCGUAAAGCACCAAUGACAGUGUAGGGCGCUAUCGCGCUACAAGGCUGCAUUCAGCGUAGUGCUUUUCCGACGAAGAACGCACACUUCCCAGUCUCGGCGCUUUCAUUCUGCAAGACAUUUCGGGUAUAGAAAGACUCAAGUGCCUUAGAAUACCUCGUCUUAAAGACAUCUUGGUACCAUUCUCGUAGAAAAUAAAAAAAAAAGUGCUAGCUUUAUAUAUGUCCCACGAGGCGCGAGAGCCACAAUAUUUGUGGCCGUCGUGCUGCCUCAUAAUAAAGAGCAAGCGUUUUUUUAAUGUGCUACUGCAACGCGAAUCUGGUGAACAUUGCUAAGAGGCGACGAGUACCAAUGGCUGUGUGAAGUCCGUAGCCCAAAAGGGUCAAAUGUGUUUUCUUUUUCUUCCCGUUUCUAUAUAUACCUCCUGACUUUUCCGACACAGUAAAGAUAUUUGAUGUGAGUGAGACAGCGAGCGAACGCUUUGAAAUGAUACACACGCAAUUUUUUUUAUCUGUAUGAGAAGUGUGCAACCUUUUGUUAACUAACUUCUGAAUAAAAAAAAUGUUGGUUUUUCAUUAA